CACCCACACACACACUGCUGCCACAAGCCUCCUCAGCAAAGAGCCACUGCAAGUCAGGAUGCCUGUUUCUUUACCGAAAUAAAUCCUUCCACAUCUGCAGAGCGUUAAUUAAACCUCAGGAACGCCAGAACCCGUAAGGAGAUCAGGUGAAUAGAGAGGCCAGUGUUUCCUCAAAGUUAUUUGGGGUUCUCAUCCAAGCAAAGCAUCCUUCCUCACCCAGGAACCGUUACCACGGCAUGAGGCUGCAGUACAAGGUGGGGCUGGAUCGCUAGAUAUUGAUUUGACUGAUUAUGACAUGUUUGAAUUUGCCAGUAAAUCAUGUUAUUUAGGGCUAAUGUUAUGGUAUCUCCAACAAUGCCAAAACUUUUACAGUGUUUAAAUGUCACACAUGCAGUAUACUCACUCCUACACAGGGCCCAAAACCUAUUUGAAAAAUGAAAAUGAAAACAUGGUUGUUAUCCACAUUUUGGAGCCUUUUAAUAAACAUGAAAAAUUAGGGUAAUCUAUGCAGCUCACACUUGCAUGCAUAUGAUAACAGAACUAUGCUCUUACUAUAGACAGACCAUCAUGCCAGGCUGUUCUGAGACUCUGCAGUUUAGUUUGCCCAACCACGGGGACUCCAUCCUCAGCAAAAUGAAUGAUCUUAGAGAAGAGCAUCGCUUUUGUGACAUCACGCUCAUCUUGGGCAGGCCACAGGACUCUACUGUCCAUCCUCUCCAGUUCCAAGGUCACAGAGUGGUGCUUGCAGCAUCCUCAGACUUCCUGCGUGAUCAGUUCCUGCUUCACAAAGGCCGAUCAGAGCUGAGUGUGGCUGUUGUUUCCAACGUGAAGGUUGCCAAGACACUACUCCUGUCCUGCUACACAGGGUUCCUAGAGGUCCCUCAGAGAGAACUCGUGAGCUACUUGACUGCAGCCAGUGUACUCCAGAUGAGCCAGGUGGUGGAGAAGUGUGUCCAGGCUAUUUCACAGUACCUCAGUCCCACCACGCCUUUCUUGAAUCUGACUAGACUCUCAGAGGAGAAGGAAACCCAACAGCUCAGCAGCAGGUGGCUUGGUUCCAGCUUUGAUAAUCCGAAGGAAAGGGAUGCAGCCCUGCCCGACGCUAUCAUCCACAAAACAAAUAGCAAGGAAGUUGGAACAGUCGUGGUAAACCCCAGGUUGACAGCCGGCCAAGAAGCUAAGGUGGAUACUAUAGGACUGAGAAAACCCAGAGAAGCCAAAAUCGACUUAUCUCAAGAUGCAGAAUGUUGCCUUGACAUGCUGAAGUUGGGCAAAGAAGGAGAUGCUCUGCCAUGUUACACAAGCAACCCAUUAUCUCAUGCUCCUCACACUGCAGGUAAUCCACACCCUUCUGCAGUUUUACAUGACCUAAUGUCUUCCACAGCCACCAUGAUCAGUUCUGCAGCUGACACAGAACUGGUAAAUAGUUCCAAAAACCAACACGAACAAGAUGUUAAAGAUUCACCAAAAGAGGAAAAGAAGUACAUGCCAAAGGCAAAUCAACUGCAACAAAGUGGAAAGCUAGGGAACUCUAGUCUUUUUUGCCACCCUAAAACACCUCUGUCCAAGAUUCAUUUUGCUGCAGAUAACUCGGAUACAGUAGUGUUCCAAAAGCCAUACCUAUGCAGAAAGUGUGACAAAGUCUUUCAGCACUUUGAGAGCUAUGUGGGCCACCUGAAGGAACACAGACAGUAUUUCUGUUUGGUCUGUGGAAAAGUCUUUUCUCAGAAGAAUAAUCUGACUCACAUUGGUAUCCACACUGGUUUUAAGCCUUUCAGAUGCCCUCUGUGCCACAUGACAUUUACCCAGAAGGCCAUGCUGCAACACCACUUCAAUCUCCAUACAUGGGAGGAAGCCCCUUGAGCAUACAUUGUUGUGCUUACAGCACCAAAUACCAGGCCUCUGGUGCCACCUAAGGGAGAGUUAUGGCAACAGUUAGCUGCAAAAUGUGAGUUUGCCAUUAAAAUAGAAGAUUUAGCAUAGUUAUUUAAUUAUUGCUUACGACCUGGAGGUCCAAAAAUUAAAUGAAGAAAUACAUACAUCACAAUAGAAAAUGUUGUUAAAUGCACAAAAAUACAAUUGAAACUAAUUGCACGGUUGCACAAAUUAUAGUUACUUAUAUUUUUCAUUGUUAUUGUUAUUAUGUUUUUAUUUAUUUUUUUUUUUUAUCUCUGUCCAUUAUUAUUAUCUUCCCUGCUCAUUUACAACCCCAAUUCCAAAAAAGUUAGAAUGCUGUGGAAAAUGCAACCAAAAGCAGAAUGCAAUUAUUUAAAAAACAAAACAGGUUUUUUGUUUGUAGAAACACAAAGAAGGCCCAGGACUGUCAAGUAGCUAGAAGCCAAUUAGACAACAAUGGGGCAUCAUCUCUCUCUUAAAAGUUAAUCAACUAGUUUCCUCAGUUCCCAAAUGUUUAUGGGCUGUUUUUAAAAAGAAGAGGGGGCUCUACACAGCAGUAAAUAUGACCCUCUCCCUAACUGUUUUGAGAUGAAUUCACUGCCAUCCAAUUCAAAAUGUCCUCGGGCAUUUUCUCAGUUUAAACAUUAUGAUAUGAUAUGUUUUCUGCAUUAUAUGGUGAAUACAAUGUGGGUUUCUGGAAAAUGCAAAUCAUUGCAUUCUGCCUUUUAUUGCAACAAAAUUAUUCAAUUGCAACAAACUGAAGAGCAAACUUGGAGCAAAUAAAAGUCUUUACUGUUCUGAAAAACAUGAGUAGAGUGAGCUCACAGAAAAGCAACUGCUUCACCAUUUGACCCUCUAGAAAUUGUGUACAGCUCACUGAGCAUGACUCGGCAAGUGGGCAUGCUCCAUCCCUUCCCUACACACGUCUGCUUUUAUCCCUCAGCUAUCCUUUUGGCCCAGAAAUGUCAUUGUCACUCAUCUUACUGAAUGGAACACUAGCCAGUGGGCGCCUCAGAUGCCACUGGCACUGUGUGCAGACAAACAGUGAAUGCAUGGCUUUGGUGUAGGUAUUCAGUUUAGAAAUUCAUGCAAAUGUGCGUUUGUGUGUGACCAAGGAAGACAGAGAAUGUACAUAAAUAUAGCUGAAGAUAAAAUUAAGCAAGCAUUGAUCUACCUAUUUGCACUUGCAUAAAGCAACUUAGUCCGAAAAAACAUCAACAUAAAGAAGUAAUCUUGUGAGUUAUAGGUCAAAAACAGAAAGCGAACAUAAGGAAAACAUCUUAAAGUGUAAUAACAUGAAUAGUCAUGUGAUUGUUUCACUGAGAAGGGAUUGAAAUUCUCUUCAACAGCAAUCAGUGCUGCUUCCAUGAACUAGGUCAGAAUUUAUACAGGCAUGUGUGUUUGCACACACCACUGCACACAUAAAUAAAAUCCAUGUAUGUAAGGUUUUGGAGCACAUCCAUUAUGGAUGAGAUGCUAAGAGAGAAACAGCAGGGAGGAUGAAGACAACGAGGAAGAUGGAUGAGUAGUGGCAGAGAUAUUGAUGGAGAGUAAUUAUAUUAAGGAAAAGUAGCUUCUUUGGUCUUAUAAUUAAA